AUGGCAAGUCUAAGAAGAAUAGUUGUGCUUUCCUUGAUCGUAUAUUAUACAGCAUACUCUUCCUGCGAAGAAGGUUUCUGGGAAGAAAAAGCCGUUGAAAAUGCUGAAGAGGUACCAGCAAAAUGUCGCGUGCGAAAAGAAUUUCUCACAGGUCUGACGAAAGAACAGAGAGCGCAUUACAUAAGCACUGUGAAAAAGGCAGCUACCACCGAACCUCAGAAAACAAAAUACGAAAAUCUGUUAACCGUUCAUAGAGACUAUUUUAACAAAGGUAUUCACACGCAAACAUAUUUUCUUCCCUGGCAUCGCUGGUUUCUAGUCCAAUAUGAGAAUAUUCUACGUGAAAUCGACAGCGACAUUACGGUGCCGUACUGGGAUUGGAGUCUCGUGGCCAACGAGGUUUUCGAAAAUGAUUUCUGGGCGCCAGACGACAGUGGUUUUGGUGGAAAUGGCGACCCUUUGAAGUCGAAUUGUGUCCAGACUGGUCCUUUUCGAGAAGACGCGUUCUCGCUAAUCCAGUCUGCGGGAGGGGGCUGCCUGAAACGCGGGUUUAACGGUAGAGUCCAGGACGCUGUCAAAGUCCAGGAACUGCUCCGCUACUCUGCUGAAGAAUUUUCGACUUUUGAGAAACUAUUGCGUACGAUUUUUCACAACAAUUUUCACUGUUGUGUGGAGAAAACGAUGUGUAGCGUAGACGCUGCAUCGGCUCCAGAGUUCCUUAUGCACCACGGUUUCAUUGAGAAAAUUUGGUCUGACUGGCAGAAGAAAGGAUCUGAGAACAAGUUUAAUACGUUUUUCAUGAAGAUAGAUACAAAAAUGCCCGCCACAAAGUAUCUUCCUCGUGAAUAUUUGGACCUUCAUAAAAUGCCUGAUAAUGUCUGCGUGGUAUAUGAGGACCCGAUAAGUGAUGUAUUCAAAAACCUGCAAGAUUUAUCUUUGAAAGUACUGGAGAAUAUCCCAAAUCUACGCCAGCCUGACCUCUCGCCUCCAGCGAUAAAAUUGUUCAAAGAACCUUGCACUGAAGUUGUCAACGUUUCUAAUCUUGGCAAAAGGCUCCGACCAAAUCGUGUGGUGGAAGAGAGUGAAUUGAAAGGUCAAGAUGCUGUGAUGGGCUUUGAAUACAGUACGUUAAAGAAAGUCAAGCUGCAAAGAAGAUUUCUGGAAAGCAUCAUGGAUGAGUCUAGAAGCGACAUGUCAGAAACAACACAGCAGAAUGGGAUGGCAGAUAAAGUCUAAAGGUUUUAGUGAUUUUAGGAAGCAUUAAAGGUUGAAUCGUUAGAUAAGUCUAUAGUUGAUUUUCUAAAGAAUGGAGAUAGCAGAAUAAAAAGCAUGCUGUAGGUUUCUGAAUGA